AUGUCUGUGCCUCUGAUCACAACCACUUCGACCAAAGACAAGCGACUCUCCCGCUUUAUGGAAACCGAGGCUGUGCGUUCUGUUGUGGUCAUGCUGCCUCCCAAGAACUGCCUCCCGAGGAACUACAGCUGCAUAGCUGGGUUGUUCGGGAGCUUGGCAGCAGAGCCGAGACUAGAAGACGUGGAGGGGAUGGAGCUGAACGGAACAAGCGAGCCCAUCGAGAUGCACCAUGUGGUGGAUGAGAGACCAAGAGGCCGGGAAUCCUUCCUCAAACCGCCGCAGAGUCCGAACCUGCGCCGGAGGUGCAAGUCUCUGCCGACCCCCAUAGAGAGAGCGAAGCUUGAGAUCUCCCGCAGCCGGAGUCCCUGCAGCCAGAAAAAGGUCCGUUUCGCCGACUCUCUGGGUCUGGAGCUCACCUCUGUGAAGCACUUCAAUGACACAGACAUGCCCGAUGUGCCGGAGCGCAUAAUGGCCAGAUUCGACAGGGGUCCCCUCCAUCUGAACCCCUUUGACAAGUUCCCCAGGGCACCGACCACCCAGUCAAGUUUUAUGGAGCUGCAAUUCAAGAACCCCGGGACCCUGCCAGGCUUUACUGAGAAAGUGAAAGAAGUGAGAGUGUUGUUGGAGUGUGCUGAAGCCGACGAGUUCAGUCUGUCGGGCGUCGUGCGGGUUUUGAACAUGGCUUUCGAGAAAAGUGUCUAUUUGAGGUUCUCAAUCAACAACUGGAUAACCUUCAUGGACAGUCUGGCAUCAUAUAUCCCAGAAUCAAGCGACGGCGUGACAGACAAAUUCUCCUUUAAGAUAAUCACCCCAACAACGUUUCUGGAGAGCGGAGGCACAUUCCAGUUUGCCAUAAGAUACUGCGUUGGUGGAGAUGAGUAUUGGGACAAUAAUAACGGGGUCAACUAUAAAGUGCGACGCCACAGGUUUAAGAUUUCUCCACCCCGUGAGUGGGAGGAUGGCUGGAUUCACUUCAUCUAACCUGCAUGCGUCCUUGGCGUUCUCACCGGCGCACUGUGUGUGUAAAGCAAGCAAUCUCUCCACGGGCACCGCUUUACCAUAAUGAAGAAUAGGGCUACC